AUGAUUUCAACAUCCGCUUUACCAAAUGCAUACCGCACCCUGCUCAGCCGCCACCGCCUCACCCCGAGCCUCGCCCAAGCAGCGCUGGUCACGCGUCUCAGCAGGCUCCAAUGCGACCUGCAAAACACCCCCCAAAACACCUCCCUGAACCUGAGAGGCAUCUACAUUCACGGCUCAGUUGGGACGGGCAAGUCCAGGAUCGCCGACCUCUUCGCCUCCACGCUCCCGCCCAGCAUCUCCCACCGACGGCUGCACUUCCACGAGUUUAUGAUGGACGUGCACUCGCGCCUGCACGUCGCGCGCUCCUCCCCGACCUUCGCCGGCGACCCCCUGAUUGCCAUCGGGCGGCAGGUGGCGGAGGAGAGCCGGGUGCUAUGCUUCGACGAGUUCCAGGUGACGGACAUUGCGGACGCGCUGAUCCUCCAGAGGCUGUUUGGGGCCGUGUGGGAGCGGGGCGGGGUGAUGGUUGCGACGAGUAAUCGCGUGCCCGAGGGCUUGUACGAGAGGGGACUCAAUAGGGAGUUGUUCCUUCCCUUUAUCGCGACGCUGCGGGAGCGGUGUGAAGUGUGGGAACUGCAGGGAAAAGAGGAUUACAGGAUGAGAAGUAGGGCAGCGGAUGGGGGAAGAAGAGAGGCUGUUUUCUUUACUGAUCACAAGGACUUUGAGAGGAGUUUAGACGAGGCAACGGGGGGUGUCCGGCUAGAGGAGAAGGUUAUCCCGGUGCUCAUGAGCAGGCAGCUUCGGGUCAUGGCUGCGGAGGAGUCGGCUGAGGGCAGAGGGGGCAGAGGGGGCUUGGUCGUCCGUUCACGCUUCGAGGAUCUAUGCGAGAACUUCCUCGGAUCGCCGGACUAUUACGCGCUGUGUAAAGCCAGCUCCGUGAUCUACCUGUCCGGCCUGCGCCAGUUCCGGGCCGACGAGCUUGAUUUUGUGCGGAGAUUCAUCACGCUUGUCGAUCUCGCGUACGAGGCGAAGACGAGGGUCAUCUGCUCAUCGUCGGUCCCGCUGUUUGAGGUCUUCGCCAACAUCGUACCUCGACAGAUCCGUGUUGGGGGAGACCUGAGGGACGAGCUGGGCAGGCAGAUGAGUGUCAAGGGAGAGGGGGGUAGUAGCUCUAGUAUGAUGAGCACGUUCAUCGGGGAGAUGGAGUGGAGCGCUACAGGACUUGCGGAGGCCUCACUGGCGACUGGAGGCGCGGGGGAGAGCGAUGUUGGGUUUGCGGUUGGGAGGGCAGUGUCCCGGCUGUAUGAGAUGGGGAGUACGGAGUAUGGUAUUACGGAUUGA